AUGGCGACCGUUGAGCACUGUCUCUACUGUUUCGAAGCCCUGGCCGCCCAUCUGGAAAGCCGGAAGCCCAUGACAUUGGCCGAGGUGCAGAAGUCCUGGGCCGAGUAUGUUCACUCCGUCGAUCCCGAAGUAGGCGAUAAGACGGCAGACGCUUCCGAAGCAGACAGCAGCAGCCGCGGAAAGCUAGCCAAGCGGCUACCGGCGCUUCAGCGCAUCGCCGCCUCAGUGUCAAGCAGCUCCUCGCCUCUCUCAUCCGGGUCCGCGUCCGCAUCCACCAGCAGCGUCUCGCUCGGGCCAGAAACCCCAGCCACCUCAAUCUCGUCGGCAUCAGCGUCAGAGGAGGAGGAACAGCCGGAGCCCAUUACCGAAUCCCCGCUCUUCGUAACCUGGAACACCAUCUCCCCGCGGCACGGGCACAUGCUGCGGGGGUGCAUCGGGACGUUCGAGCCGCAGGACCUGGACGAGGGCCUGUCGUCGUACGCGCUCAUCUCGGCGCUGCAGGACAUGCGCUUCAGCCCCAUCACGGCGCGGGAGCUGCCCUCGCUCGAGGUGGCCGUCACGCUGCUGACCGACUUUGAGGACGCCGACGACGCCAUGGACUGGGAGCUCGGCAAGCACGGCCUGCGCAUCUCGUUCUACUACCACGGCAAGCGCUACGGGAGCACCUACCUGCCCGACGUGGCGGUUGAGCAGGGGUGGACCAAGGAGGAGACGGUCGUGAGCCUAAUGCGCAAGGCCGGGUGGGUGGGCAAGAAGGACAAGUGGACCGAGGUCGACCUGAAGGUGGUCAGGUACCAGGGGAAAAAGGAAAGUCUGGAGUAUGCCGAGUAUAAGCGGUGGCGGGACUGGGUGGACAAGAACGGGAAACGAAGCUGA